ACCACAAAAUGGUGGAUGCUGUCGGUAGCGGGUGAGGUGAGCAUCUUUGACUGUGCAGAGAGACGGAGACGAGCACAGAAUCCCACACCCGUUAUUUAAAUCCUGGCAAAGGAGAGAGAGUGGAUCCACCACUUCCCAGUGAUGUGGGGAUGGACCAGCCUCCUGAACACAAGAUGAGUCCUGAGGAGACAGAAGGCAGACCAUCCCCUCCCACCUCUCUGCCAUUGCAGGGCGAUGGGGGUGGGGCCUCUCAGAGGAAAAAGCUCUCAGCUCCUCGUAUUAGUCUCUCAUUGGACCAAAGUGAGGAUGACCUUUUCGAUACGCCUGAUGACCUGGAUAUCAACGUGGACGACUUGGAUACACCUGAUGAGGCUGACAUCCUGGAUUAUACUGAUCAUGAGAUGGAUUUGGAUGAGUCUAAGGCAUCUGUAAAAGCUUCAGCACUGGAGGGGGUCGAACCCAUUCCUACUUGCAGUGCUGAAGAGGAACGGCAGGAGUCCAGACUCUGGAGAACAGUCCUUAUCGGCGAACAGGAGCACCGCAUCAACAUGAAGUGCAUUGAACCCUACCAAAAGGUCAUUUCCCACGGAGGAUACUAUGGCAAUGGUGUCAAUGCCAUCAUUGUGUUUGCUGCUUGCUUCCUUCCGGACAGUGAUAGAGAGGACUACCAUGAAGUAAUGGAGAACCUCUUUCUGUAUGUGAUCAGCACGUUGGAGCUGAUGGUGGCGGAGGAUUACAUGAUCGUCUAUCUGAAUGGAGCCACGCCUCACCGUCGGAUGCCUGGCCUUGGCUGGCUGAAGAGGUGCUACCAGAUGAUUGACAGGAGGCUAAAGAAGAAUCUGAAAUCCUUCAUUAUUGUUCACCCUUCCUGGUUUAUCAGGGCUGUUCUAGCCCUCACCAAACCCUUUAUCAGUUCAAAGUUCAGCAGCAAGAUUCGGUAUGUGAACAGUUUAGCAGAGCUGGAAGAGCUCAUCCCUAUGGAAUAUGUCCAUAUUCCUGAAAGCAUCAUCAAAGUUGAUGAGGAGUUACAGGAGGCAGCAGAGAACUCAAGAAUCAACAGCUUUCUCCAAGGACAUGAGGUGACCCUGGAGGAACCUACUGCUCCAGCAAGUAUGAACAGCUCUUAAGUCUUAGCAGCAGUGGAGAACUACUUGGGCAGUGUCUGAAGGAGAGGUCACCUGAUUAUUUGUAGCCUGGAUUCUACUUGGAAAUGCAUGCGAUUUAGUUUCUCCUGAAAACAUGGAUAAACGCACGCCGUUCUUCUCACACGUCAGCUCAGCAGAUGAUAUUGCUAUUUUCAUGUCUCAUUCGGCACUGAGGAAGACUACUCUAGAUCAGUAAAGCCCUUAAACUCUCACAGCCAAACAGCAGUCCUCUGGACAAAGGGGUUACCAUGUUCAUUCUUUUUUGCAUAGGUUUUCAUCCUUUAAGAUUAGUCUGAGAUGCAUAAAAGCAAUAAUGUCAUGUGUAUUUCACACUAAGGUACAUAAUGUAUUGUGUAGACUUAAAUGCGCAGGACUGAUUGAUAGAAAAUGAAAACUAAAAUACUUGUGUCCUGUCCAAGAAUCCACUGGAACAGUACCAUAUUGAGAUAUUCAUGACCACUCAGUUGUGAUCUAUGUAGCAAUUCUUAUAGACUGAGUGCAAAUGUAUUACACCGUGCUAUGUGGUCAGAGUACUGCCAGAAUUACAAGAGUUUGCUGUAGCAGUUAAUGUAACAUUCAGGAGUUUCUUUUAAGACCUUUUUUAAAGGAUGAUUUAAAAAUAUAUUAGUAAUGCCAGUUCAGACAGUUGCAAAUGCAGAAUAUGGACAUUAAUUAGAAAGUUUCUGAAGACUCACCAGCCAUUAGUCAUAAAUCACCUGGUAUUUUGUGUAAGUAAUUGUUCUCUCAAAAUGAAUGGCUUUUUAAAAUGAAGUCUGUUUUCUUCAGCCAGGGUGUUUGCGAUGUGUAAUGAUCCGACUACUUCUGACUGGACAGACUAAUUUGUUGACCGCUUCAGCGGACUGCUAUCAGUCAGUCUACUCCAGAACACCUCUUUGUGUGUGGCUAUGGGUGGCCUGUAAGUGUAAUUAUGAGUUGGGUGUGUGUAUGUGUGCUUUCUUAUUAGUAUGCCAUUAUGUCUCUCAGGUUCCUCCUGUACAAAUGAAAAGAACUCAUAGGGGAACUAAGACAAGUGCUACAAGCACAAUAUUUACAUAGUCAUGUGUGGGUGUGCUCAGGUGCAUGCACGUCACUGCAUGUUUCUUAGUUAUGUAGUCAUUUGAAAUAAUCUCAAAACAUUGAUUAAAUGGAGAGCUGAGACAGAGGCCUUUUCAAAGUGUGUUAACGUAAAAUGAUGCAGAAAUAUCAAUAAAUUUACCUCUAACUUAA